AUAGCCUGGUACAGGGAGGAGGACAGCCUGGCACAGAGAGGAGGACAGCCUGGCACAGGGAGGAGAGAGAGGAGUAUAGCCUGGUACAGGGAGAAGGACAGCCUGGCACAGAGAGGAUAGCCUGGCACAGAGAGGAGAGAGAAGUGGGCAGCCUGGCACAGAGAGGAGGAUAGCCUGGCACAGAUAUUAGGUGGAGCAGCAGAGACAGUCUUAGACAGAGUGAGAGGAACUUCUAAAGCAGAUCUAAUGUCUAGUAAAGGAGUUCUGGGAAAACCGGGAUAUGAUAUUGGGGAGGAGGGAUUUCCUGAUCAGGAGGAAGAGGAGAAAUUCAUGGACAGGGGGCACCCCAUCCUGGUGAGAACUUUACCUUCAGAGAAAAAUUUAUCACUAAAACUGAUGAGAUAUUUUGGAUCCAAUUCGAAGUCUGGCGGAGGAGAGUGCGAAGUGACCCGAGUGGAUGGACAGACAUACUGCGCCGUCUUCCAGAAUCAGGAUGAUCAGAGAAGAGUUCUGGGAAGAGGGAACCAUGUCAUAGAGGUCACUGUGCCGGUGACGGUUCAUGAUAUCGGAAGAGGAGAUCUUGCCAGGAUCCGGCAGUUGUCCGGCGAUGAAGAGAGACUGAAGGCGUUGCAGCGAUUGGCUGUCAGUGCUGAAAAUUCGGCCUCUCGUCUGCCAGAUCAGUUGUCCCAGGUGAAGACGUUCUUAGAGAAGGCCGACCAUAAACCCGCAGACCACAAACCCGCAGACCAUAAACCUUCAGACCACAAACCCGCAGACCAUAAACCUUCAGACUAUAAACCUUCAGACCACAAACCCGCUCGCCCUCCCAGGCCUGUGACUAUCUCCACCAGCAAUAUGAAGACGGAGAUCGAGGUAGACACCAGACACAUGGAUAUCCUGAAGAAAUUAAAGCACCGGGAGAUCUCUGACAUUGAGAAGAAGUACAAUGUGAUGAUAGAAGAAAACAAGAAAAAUGUCAGCUCCCUUGUCACCUUCAGAUCCCUGAAUGCCCCCCCUGACCUUUCACCCCACGCCUCUCACAGCUUCAUCACCCUUCUGCAGAAAACUUUCUUUAAUAUCGAAAGAAAAGAAAUCAGCGUGAAGCCGGAAUUCACGGAGGAGAGAGUGAGUCUGGUGCAGAAACAGCUGAUGAUGGCGGGAAUAGACAUUGUGAUGGAAUAUUCCAAAGGCACUUUGCUCCUCAUCGGUGAUCCCGUCCAUGUCGCUUUUGCUGAGGAGAAACUCAAUGGCAUGUAACCAGCAAUAAAUGUCUUCACACUACUACAAUCUACACCAGGGGUGUCCAACCUGCGGCCAUUGAUUAUUGAUUGAUUAUUUUUUUUAAAUGUUUGUAAAAAUGCGUUUACACUUAGUGAACACACGUGGCCAAAGAAAAAUGUGACAGGG